CUCUCCAGACUGCAAUUGGUUUGUGUGACAGCCUUUCCAAUAUGCUAUGUAUACUGGUUAAUUUAAAACCUUUAUGGAAUUCUACAUUGAUUUUAUAUCUGACUAGCAUUUUACAGUUUAUAUAGUUUUCAGUGAUAAGAUGUGGCAAGGUAUUUGCAUUAUUUGCAGACUGUUGUUGCUGAGUGGUGACAUGUGUCAGCCUGUCAAAGUUGAAUUCUAGGAAUUAUAAUUGGGAUAUCCAAGAUGGAAACAGUCUGGUAACUUGAUUAGUUUGAGGUAUAACUCCAAUUUUAUAAGCAAAGAUUUGUUUUGGGGGUUUGAAUCCAAUAUGAAACAAGUACCUGUUAAUUUUUUAACUGUUCUAAAUUCCACCUGAAAUUAUUAUUUAGGUCUCAUUGAAUGAUUGACAGUGGCUUAAUUAGUGGGCUCAAAAGUUACUGCAUGUAAUGUUCAAUAAAUGUUGCUUAUGACCGUGCCUGGUGCUACUGAACUUUGCUUGAAAUGUAUAAAAUAAACUAAGUUAUUAUUGCAGUGCUGGAGACUGGAAGAACGAAAUCAUAAAACUUGCAGCAAUGGGGGCUGUUGGUGCUAUCAAAAGUUAUAUUGAGACCAUGAUUCGUGACAGUGAACCUGGAUACAAGAUCAUGCUGAUGGAUCGUGAGACUACUGCCAUUGUAAGUCUUGUUAUGGCCAUGAGUGAAGUAAUGAAGCAAGAAGUCUACAUGUUUGAACAAGUGGAACAGAUGAGCAGUGGGGAGAACAUGAGCUAUCUGAAAUGUGUUGUUUUUGUACGACCAACUCCUGAAAACAUUUCCCUUCUCUGCAGAGAAUUGCAACAGCCACGUUAUGGAGCUUAUUAUAUAUAUUUCAGUAAUGUGGUGAGUAAAGCUAGUGUGAAGCAGCUGGCUGAGUCAGAUGAGCAGGAGCUGGUCAGAGAAGUGCAGGAAAUUUAUGCUGACUACAUGGCAUUGGCGCCCCAUAUCUUCACUCUCAACAUUCCUCGUCCUAUAACAGGGAUGCGUUGGGCAAGUGGGUGCCUCCAGAGAUCAAUGCAGGGCUUGACCUCCUUGGUAUUUUCUCUUUCCUUGCUGCCAGAUGUAAGAUAUCAAGCAAACUCAGACCUGGCUCGUCAACUGGCAGAUGAGAUUCGGAUGAUGAUCACCAUGGAAGGUGCUGUAGUAGCCAGUUCUUCCACUGGUAAUUCAAGCUAUGGAUUUGCCCAGUACAACAAUUCCUACAAUAACUCAAGUAAUGGCGCCAUCCCUUCCAGUGUUGUCAUAAUACUGGACCGCCGAGAUGACCCCAUCACUCCAUUACUCCAUCAGUGGACUUAUGAAGCUAUGGUUCAUCAGCUGCUCGGUGUCAACGGUGGCAGGGUUAGUCUGGCUGAUGUUCCUGGCAUAGCAGAGGAGCUCAAGGAGGUUGUUAUGACCCCAACACAGGAUGAAUUUUAUGCCAAGAGCAUGUAUUUAAACUACGGAGAAAUUGGCCAGACCAUCAAGCAGCUCAUGGAGGAGUAUCAGGGCAAACUGAGCAAGCAGCAGAAAGUGGAGAGCAUCGCCGACAUGAAGCAUUUCGUGCAAAAUUAUCCUCAGUUUAAACAAAUGUCAGGCACGGUGAGCAAGCACGUGACGGUAGUAGGCGAGCUGAGCCGCGUGGUGUCGGCGCGACGACUGCUGCAGGUCUCUGAGUGUCAGCAGGAACUCGUGUGUGGCACUGACCACUCCCCUAAUCUACAGCGAGUGCACGAACUGGUGCGUGACCCUGGCAUCAGUGCUGAGGACGCUGCGGUGCUGGUAAUGCUCUACGCCAUCAGGCACCAGACACACGCCAACAACGAUACCAGGGGGCUAGUGUCAGCCCUGCGUAAACGCAGCGUUAACGACAGAUAUAUCAAGUUGGUGUCGGCCAUGCUGGAGUACGGAGGUGAAGCGGCUCGGCAAUCAACGCUGUUUUCGUCGCCACUGCCCCAGGAUGUUUCUGCUUUCAAAAAACUUCUCUUUAAGGGAGUGAAAGGCGUCGAGAAUGUUUACACUCAGCACAAGCCUCUAGUGCUGGAGACCGCUACGCAGGCCGUCAAGGGUAGACUCAAAGAAUCCUCGUAUCCUUUCAUCGGGACCGCCCCACAGAAUGCUGCUGCCCGGCCACAGACGGUGAUACUCUUCAUUAUCGGAGGCGCCACGUACGAGGAAUCUGCUGCCAUCCACCAGCUGAACUGCACCCUGGCAUCGCCUGCUGGUGGCACUGCCACGCCCAGUGCCAGGGUGCUGCUCGGUGGCACUCAUAUCCUCAACACCCCCGCCUUCCUCGAGUCCGUCGAGGCUGCUGUUGAGGGCACCACACGAACAUCCCAUAGAUUAUAGUGAAGCUAAUUUAUUCUCUCAGCAUUACGAAGUUUCGAUUCAAUUACUCGUGAAGAUUCUUUGACAAAAUGAGCCCAAAGCAUUUUAUUAAAAUUCAAGGAUGUUUCGAUAUCGGGGUUGUGUUGUAUUUCCGGGCCCAAGUUAUUGCAGCGAAGAAGGUUUUUGUUAUUUUUAUACCUUUAAAGAAUGUACAGAAAGUUCUGUUUAGAGUUAAAUUGUGCAGCCAUUAGUAUUGCACGAGUCUGCUUCUCUGUCUAAUACUGAUUAGUUAAACUCUUUACAGAAUUAUUCACUCGUUUUUCAUGCAGUAAUCAGACACUACUUGAAAUAUUUUCUUUGAGAUCAACUUUAAACGAUUAAAGUUAAAGUUAUCAUUUUUGUCCAAUUCAUAUCUCUACGAUCUGAGUUCAUGUAUGCAACCAUUGUUUGCCAACUGCAACUUCGGUCGUUACUGUUCUUCUGUUUGGAAUUCGGGGCUGGCGCUAUAUUCGGGAGUAAUUGGUCGUGUAGUCAUUUAUUGUCAGCGUCCUGAGCAAGUAUUCACGUUUUGCUGUUAAAUAAAUAUUAUGGUUGUCUGUUUGUUCGGUGUUGAUUGUGCUCUGGGUAUCAGGUGUAGCCCUUGUAAAAAUUCAUGUGAUUCUGUAUGGAAAAUAUUCAGAUGUAAUUAUGCGAUCGAAAUGGAUUUGUAAAAGUAUCACUUACGCUAAAUUUCUACUGCUUCGUUUACGAUUUUAUUAAUUAUAUUUCAUGACCUCUUCCCUACCAUCGCAAUUGCGAAGCACAGACAUGAAAAUCAAUCCGUUACGAAGAAUGUUGAAACAUUUUCUUGGUAUCGUUCAUAUCUGAACGAUAUAUAUCUUACAUAUCUUUCUUGGUAUCAGAUCAUAUCUGGUAUCGUUUUCUUAACUGGUAUCUGUUAUUUCUUCAUACAUGGUAUCGUUUUGUGUUUGUUUCUACAGGACGGUUUUCAGUAUCGCGACAGUUGUAGAAUUCUCGCAUGUGAGAUAUAUUCCAUUACUGUUUUUAUGGUGUAGAUAAUACCAAAGAUUUGUUGUUAGUUGUUAUUUAUAUUAAUUUUAUCAUUACACAUGCAAUCACUUCAUCUGUAAAUCGCUUAAAAUAGUCUCCUGGAUUUGUUCAAUGUGAAAGCUUAAUUUAUUGUCUUCUAUUAUA